AUGAGUCCUCGGAGCUACCAAAUGCCCCUUGCCGCCUACGAUUCUGAACAUAUCACUUCAAAUCGCACAAUGUCCAAUACCGAAGGAGAACUUCAGCAAGAUGAGUCAAUACCCUGGUGCAUGAUCUUGUUCGACAUCUUGUUCAGUGUAUUUGCGCUCCUUACAAUCCUUCGUUGGACCGAUCUCCAAAUCAGCAUUUUUAAGGCUUUCAUCCGCAGCGGCCGAUGGCGAGCAUACUUUGGAAUGGAAGUACCCAGACGACAUGACCAGAGAAAAGUCGAAGGGGUAGAAUCUGGGGAACACGCUCCGUUAGUGAAAAAGGUGGUGAAGAAGGUUCGGUUCUACGACGAUACGACUACUGUUGGCGACAUUGAGGAAGCGAAAGCAAAGAGCAAUGGAGUCGCCUGUGCUGAUCAGAUUGGAAUGAAGAGCGAUGAGGCUUAG